AUUACCAGUACCUAUGCGAUGCUCUAAGAUAUAAAGAUUACAAUUCAAUUUCCUUUGAAUUAACACGUCGUGUUUUUAUUAUCCUAAAUAAUAACAAUCAACUUUAAUAAAAUUAAAUAAUUUCUUGACGGCGUUUUUGUGUCAGAUUGGAAGAGACAGACUCAAUUACCUACAAUAAAAUCAACGGAGGAAUCGAUAUACAAUGGGACGCUGUUUUGUGCUCACUCUAUUUGUUUUGCUCGUCAAUGGUAUAUUUGGUGAUGAUGUGGUGACAGUGUCAGUGAUGGAGGGAGAUUCAGUCACUCUAAACACUGAUAUUACCAAAAGACAACAUGACAAGAUGCUGUGGUACUUUGAAGACACUCGCAUGGCUCUAAUCAAUGGACAUACCAAUACAAGCUGCUUAUAUGAUGGUGAAGACGGGAGAUUCAGAGACAGACUGAAGGUGGACUAUGAGAAUGGAUCUCUGACCAUCACAAACAUCAGACCUGAACACGCUGGACGUUAUGAAACAGAGCUCAUCAGGAGCGAAAGUUCAGGCAAAAGGCAAAGCUUAAACAGAAACCGAAGGUGUGACAGCACAAAAAUCACCAAAAAAACCAGCAGCACCACUGAUGACACCAUCAAAACAUUCAAUUUGAUAAUCAUGGCUUCUCAGUCUGAUGAAGUUGAAGUCAAUGAAGAAGUCAAUGAAGAACCCCAUAUGGAGAAGCACAAGUUUGACUCGAGUCAGACUUCAGCUGCUGUAGCAGGAAUAUGUGUUGCUGUGGUUCUGCUGGUGUUUUCAGCAGCUGUUGGUGUGAUUUACUAUCACCGCAGGAGAUCGAAAAAUGAUAAGGAGAAAAACAAGAACAAAGCUCAGGAGAAAGAAGAUCUUAACAGCAUCUUUGUAUAAUGAGAAAACAGUGUGUAUGUGAAGUUUUAGCUCAAAGAUAAAACUGCCACGCUUUGGGGUUGGGG